UUUUAUUUUUUAAGUCCGUCACACUUGACGCUGAUCUUUCCAUAUACCCCGUGAUACCCAAAACAACAUAACAAAGUAGGGGAAACAUGGCGAGCGAAGAGGAGGCAAGAAGACACCCUUCGGUUACCUCGUCUUCGGUCGGCCUAGAGGCUCUGUUCCCUGCAGGGACAUCGGAGCAGGCCUGCGGGGACGCAAACCCGGAGCUCGUCCGCUUGCGGGAGCGUCUUCAGGGUUGGCUAUCGCAGUAUGAGCCCCUACUGCUAUGGGUGCAGAGGCUGCUGGUGUGGGAGAGGCCGUUGUACAGCAUCACUGUCGCCCUGACACUCAACACAUUAUUCUGGCUCCUGUCAUCCACCUCCCUGCGGCCUCUGUUCCUGUUGAGUGUGUCCCUGCUGGGACUUAUGCUACUGGAGAGAUGGAAGCCCAAGUUGCCCAUCAUUACUGUUCAACAUGCAGAGGCUCACCCUGUACAAAGUGAAACAGUGAGCGUGGAGCAGCGUCUGCUCAGUAUUCCUGAGCUCAGCCACCACCUGGCUGAGAGCUACCUGACCUGCUGCCUGUACCUGCAGGAGAUGCUGCAGUACAAACGACAGAACCAUGGCAAGUUCUGUGUGAUGAUGUGUAGUGGCUGCUUUGUACUUGGUGUGGUUGGACAUUAUGUUCCAGGAAUCAUGAUCUCCUAUAUUAUAGUCCUGAGCGUGCUGCUGUGGCCGCUGGUGGUGUACCACGAACUGAUCCAGAGGAUGUACACGGGCUUGGAGCCAAUCCUGAUGAAACUGGACUACAGCAUGAAAGGAGAUACCGAGCACCGCAAGCACGACAAGAGGAAGGUGAAGAAGGAGGUGGAGGAGGGGGACGAACCUAGAGCUGAAACAGAAAGUGAGAGUGAGGAGGAGCUGUCCUGUUUCGCCCCAACGGUGGAUGUGAAGACUACAGCUCUGGCAAUGGCCAUCACAGACUCAGAGUUGUCAGAUGAGGAGGCAUCCAUCUUGGAGAGUGGAGGGUUCUCAGUGUCCAGAGCCACCACUCCUCAACUCACUGAUGUCUCUGAAGACCUGGACCAGCAGAGUUUACACAGUGAACCAGAGGAGUCCUACCUGCGGGAUCUCCCUGAGUUCCCCUCAGUUGAGGAGUUUCCGUCCAUCGAGCACAACCUGCUCCACUUCCCUCUGCGAGGCCCCGGCCAGGGUGACGGAGCCCAGCCUGGUGCUCAAUCAGAGGGGGAACCAUUGAGCCCCGCCAGCCUCCUUAUCCAGCACCUAGCAUCUCCGCUCCACUUUGUGAACACACACUUCAACGGACAUGGACGACCACCUGGGAGUGAGGAGGGCAUGUUGCCUGUGCCAGGCGCAGGGGAGGAAGCAGGGGGGCAGGAGGGAGAGGAGAAGGAAGCAGUGACCCAGGGUGCACAGCGGUCUUUGGAGGCCUUGAGCGAGGAGAUAGUGAGCACAGCCAUCUCCACUGUGGUGCAGAACACUCUGUCAGCCCUGCUGCGUUCCAGUGAGGCCAGUGAGGAGCCCACACUGGCUGAGUUUCUUCCCACUGAAAUCCCACCGGGUGCUCUCGAGACCUCCAACCAACCCACUGACACCACUGCUAACACUACAAUUACUACAAUAGGGGCGCUGGGGGCUGACGGGGACCCGGAUGAGGCGAUUACGACAGAAAGCGGCGCCGGCGAGGAGAUGCCUGACGACACGCUAGUUCCAACCGAGGAAGAGGACUUUGAGCUUCUGGACCAAAGUGAACUGGAGCAGUUGGAUGAGGGGCUGGACCUCAGCUCUGACAGACAGGUGGUGGGAGGAGCCUCAGGAGCUCCAGAGACACCUCCAUCUCCUCAGCAUCAACCACAGUCAUAGCUUCCCUGUUGCCUCCCCCAGCCCCCACAACUGUUUUGUUUUUAUUUUUACAUUAGAACUACAUUAUAUCCAUACAUACUGCUAUAUACAAAACAUUUAUCUCAGAGUUUGGCGUUUAAUACGACUGGUUGGUGAUUGUGUGGGAGAUGGUUGAGAUUACUCGAUGCGUUCUGGGCAGAACUGGCUUGGGUUAACAGUUAUAGAGACAUCAUUAUUGUCAGGGGUUGCAACGCAUUUUUAGAUCUGGUUUUGCUUUAUCAUCUAGCAUUGAAAUUAGCAAGCAAAUUUCUUACUGCGUAGUGAAAACCUUGUCCAUGUUCAGUCUCAUGUCACAAUAAUGAUGCCUUUAUUUUCUACAUUGGCUAAGAGCUUAACCCUCCCACCUUGUUUUCAUUCACAAGCAGAUGUUUAUCUAGAUGGUGUUAUGAAGAGUUGAGAUGUUGGAUUAUAUAACUAUUAAUAUAUGCUAUAAAUUAUUUAAUUAUUUAAUUAAUAAAUGUAACGGUCCGUCGAUGAAACUUUAUUGUUGAGGAGGAGUUUAAAAGUAAAUUUGAUCACUUCAGUUGCCCAUAAUGAUUGUAUGAUAAUCAUUUUAAUGACACCAUAGAUGUCCAGGUUUAACAUGUAGUUGUGUAUUCCCAGAGUUAGACUUGGUAAAACAAUAGUAUUAUCCUUCACUUUAUCCUAAUCUCCAAGGUGUCCAAGGUUACAGUUUUGACAGAAGCAUUCAGUCAGUAGUGGUCUUUCACUUGUUGCCUAGAAAUGGAAACUUAAUCUUUGACAUUGUUGGAUGUUGACCAGUAGUAGAUCUUUACCCAUACACAUAAGUGACUUUGAUGUGGCAAGAUAAAAGAAAUGUUCCUGAAUUUCCUCUCUGUUAUUGAUGCCUCAUUUUUAUUAAUACUUGUGAAUAGAUUUUAAUUUCAUACAUCCAUAUGUAAUUGGUCCAUAUGUAAUUGAAUUUAUUCUUGAUCUACAACUUUGUUGGAAAACACAGGCUUCUUGUCAGAUAGGCCCAUCUAUACCCAACUAUUUGUACAUGUAUAGUCAUAACUGGGAUAUGUAUAUCUACCAAAAUAACCUCCUUUGUGCCACGACAAGUCCAUGCAUGCCAUACAUCACGCAUGUAUUUACCAUGAUCAAUAUUUGAGGUAAAUUUUCAAAAGAAUGUUACUUUUACUGGAGCAGAUUUGUUUUCUGUUUUUGGAGGGACAUAAUAGUUAAAUUACACAUUAUGUAUCUGGCCAUUGCAGGGGAUUUGUGGAAAAUGGUUUACAUGACAAAAAGAAAUCUAGUACUAUACUCGACUGUAUAAAGAGGCCAGUUUUGCUUUUGUAAACCACUCAGCAUCCAAAUCUCAGGGGUGGGUUGUACAAAUUGAAUAUAGCAUUGCAGAAUAUGUGUCCAUAUCCCGACUUGUCGUAGUGCAUUGUAUUUGUACUAACCUUUACUUUUUUCAGUCAAUGCCUCCUUGUGUAUAGUGUAGAACGUGUAUAUUCUGCAUGUAAAAACAGCACUCUGUUCAAGUUCUCCUUGUCAACUGACAAAGUACUGCACAAUUUGUGAGAAAAAAAAAUCAAUUUGAAUGUUUCAGGUUAAAAGAGCCCAUUAAAUUCCGUUUGUUUAAUAUUUAAUUACCAACCAGGGGAAUACAUGUUUUGAUGUGUCCUCAUUUUUAAGACUACCCAACUGUAAAUGGAAAUGGGUGGCAAGUGAUAACAUCAGAUUUAGAGGAUAUUAACAGACUAGUUUGUGUAUGGUAGUAGUGUGUGAUAUGCUUCAAAUAUUGCUUCUUGAAUUAUUAAAAAAAAGCACCUACUGAACUGUACAAUUUUAAAAAAAGGAAUAUAUUUUCUAAUUUCUCCUUUUUCCAUAAAGUACUCAGUUUGAUCUUUUACAUCUAAAAAUAUAACAGCUAUGGAUGAGUUUCAUGAAGUGGAAAAGAUUUAUUGUCAUUAAACUGGUCAAAUAAAACUGCAACUCCACAUGUGAAAGUAAGAGAAUAAAAGAACAAACUGAAAAAAACUUAA